GACUGGAGCUUCCGGUGCUCAAGCCAUAGUGGGCCGGCUAGAGAUGGAGAAGCUUGGGGGAAGGUGGCAGAAGAGUCAGAUGAAGUCCAAAGAACGAUAGUACUUUGUAAAGCCAGAAACUGUCGUAGGUGACUUGCCUGGUGGUUUGGCAGAGCAUUAAGAUGUCUGUGGACAUGAACAGCCAAGGUUCUGACAGCAAUGAGGAGGACUAUGAUCCAAACUGUGAUGAGGAAGAAGAUGAAGAUCCCGGGGACAUUGAGGGUUACUACGAAGGGGUUGCAAAUGACGUGGAGCAGCAAGGAGCCGAUUCCUUUGAUCCGGAGGAAUAUCAGUUUACCUGUCUGACUUACAAGGAGUCGGAGAGUACCCUGAAUGAGCACAUGAUCCGCUUGGCUUCUGCGUUAAAGGUAUCUCAUGCAGUAGCUAAACUUGUAUUAGUUAGCUUUCAUUGGCAAAUCUCAGAAAUUUUGGAAAGGCACACAUCUAAUUCAGUUCAAUUACUAGUGGAAGCAAGGGUUCAGCCUGCCUCAUUCAAACAUGCCGUGGUACAUUCCUCCCAGCACUGUGCAGUUUGCAUGCAGUUGGUUCGAAAGGAAAACCUAUUAUCUCUAGCCUGUCAGCAUCAGUUUUGCCGCAGCUGUUGGGAGCAGCAUUGUACUGUACUUGUCAAAGAUGGAGUGGGAGUUGGUGUCUCCUGCAUGGCUCAGGAUUGUUUGCUUCGGACCCCAGAAGAUUUUGUGUUUCCACUGCUACCUAGUGAGGAGCUGAAAGAUAAAUACAGACGCUACCUCUUCAGGGACUAUAUUGAGAGCCAUUUCCAGCUGCAGCUCUGUCCUGGCGCUGACUGUCCUAUGGUCAUACAAGUACAGGAGCCCAAAGCCCGCCGAGUGCAGUGCAAUCGCUGUAAUGAAGUUUUUUGUUUCAAAUGUCGGCAGAUGUACCACGCUCCUACAGAUUGUGCUACUAUCCGGAAAUGGCUCACUAAGUGUGCAGAUGACUCUGAAACAGCAAACUACAUCAGUGCUCACACUAAAGAUUGUCCCAAGUGCAAUAUCUGUAUUGAAAAGAAUGGUGGCUGCAAUCACAUGCAAUGUUCCAAAUGCAAGCAUGACUUUUGCUGGAUGUGUCUAGGCGACUGGAAGACUCAUGGCAGCGAAUACUAUGAAUGCAGUCGGUACAAAGAGAAUCCUGAUAUUGUAAAUCAGAGUCAGCAAGCACAGGCCCGGGAGGCCCUCAAGAAGUACUUGUUCUAUUUUGAGAGGUGGGAAAACCACAACAAGAGUUUACAGUUGGAGGCACAGACAUACCAGAGAAUUCAAGAAAAAAUCCAAGAAAGAGUCAUGAACAACUUGGGAACAUGGAUAGACUGGCAGUAUUUACAGAAUGCAGCAAAACUCUUAGCCAAGUGUCGUUAUACACUACAGUACACCUAUCCAUAUGCCUACUACAUGGAAUCUGGUCCCAGGAAGAAAUUGUUUGAAUACCAACAGGCUCAACUUGAAGCAGAGAUUGAAAAUCUCUCAUGGAAGGUGGAAAGAGCAGAUAGUUACGACAGAGGAGAUUUGGAGAAUCAGAUGCACAUUGCUGAGCAGAGGAGGCGGACUCUGCUGAAAGAUUUCCAUGACACAUAAGGCCGCGGGAGCUACCAGGGCACAGAGCUGAGAGCAAAGUAGCAAGAUGGCGGUGCAAGCAACGAGGGAAGCGAUCAGAGGAACUGGCCACCGCCUUUCCAUAAAACAGGGCUGAGGACAUCACUGCACCUUCCCCUUGCAAACCAGACAUGAGCUAGCACCACCGCUUGGUCUUCUAUUUUUCUUCUGUUUUCUGCUUUUUCAUUUUUGGCAGGUAGAGGUUGAAAUUCAGUUGGGAUUUUUUUCCUGGGACAUGUUAUUCCCCAGUUCUUGAAUUGUUUUAGAGGGGAGUUUUAUUUCCCCUGCCCCCUCCUGAAUGGCUGUUAAUAGUAUUAGAUCAUUAUAAACUUCUGUAAUUUUUCGACAGUUGUACAGUGAUACAACAGUGGUUGAUACAAAGUGAACUCUAGAAUAACACAGACCCCUUUUUAAAAAUAAAUUGGGACUGGAGAGUGUUUCCUUUUUUUUUCCCUUUCAAUAAGCAGUUUGUAAACUUAAUGGCUUACUUCUCUUUCCACAUCCCCAAACUCACUUUGCCAUGAAGGUUAUGAAAUAGUUGUUUUCCCCCUUUCUGGGCACUUUCUUGCUUGUCCUGGGAGUGCAUGAAAUGAACAGGGCCUGGGCCAAGCAGAAUCAGCAGUUGCCAAAGGACAGCAUAACUGUUUAAAGGUUCUUCUUCUUUGACCGGGCUGGAGCAAUAGGGCAAAGCUCAAGGCAGCAUGGGACAGUUCUAGUCUAUCAACACGAAGUUGAUCUCCUGCAUGGAUUUAUUGCUUUGUUUUGUUUCCCUGGACUGCUACCUACUGCCAGAUUUAAAAUACUUAGAGGUGUUCAGGGAGCAUAACCUUGCUUCUUGGCAGCAUAAGAAUGAACAUUAGUUUUGUUUAGGGCAGUAGACCCAGCCAUGUCUGGGCCAUAACUUGCAUAUCUCUGUAGCUCAGUCCUGCGCAGUCUGAUUCUUCGGGUGGCUAUAAGGUGAUUCCUCAGAGUUGAUCUCUGCUACCCUAACAAAAAUCAAACUUUCCUACUAUACCAAGGAAAAGUUAAAUUCAUUACUAAAAGAAAAAAGAAAAGAAAACACACCAGCAUACGUCAGAUUCUGCUAAACAGCCACCACUGUUUUCAAAACUGUUCUGCUGCUAGCUGAAAAGUAACCAGCAAAAAACAUUGGGAAUAGUCCAUAAUUACUAUUAAGGUUCAUAGGUGGCUGCUUACUGGCAGAGGUUUGUUAACUCUUGAAAUGUGUUUAAUGUCAACAGUUCCCAUUUAGAGGCCAGCUUUUAAAAUGUAUAAAAGUAGCUAUAUAAAACACAUAAUUUGGUUCUGCUGAUAGAUCUGUCUAGAAAUGGAAGAUGGAGCUGCCAUUUCCUGAAGCUGCUCCAAUCGAUGUCUUGAAACAAGAAUUUCCUUGCAUCCAUGUUUACAAGAGCAGGUUGCACUGAGAUUUUCUGUGUGCAUUGCUUGUGACCAUUGGGAUUGGGAUUAGAAAACUUUACAAGAAUCAUUUUCUGCUUAUGACACCUGUUUUCCUAGCCUUUCGGUGAAAGUUAUUUUAUUAGCAUUUUAGAUUUUGUCCUAGCUUUUGGAGGUCAUCAACCAAGCCAUCAUCUUCCAUUCAGCUGCUGCUGCUGCCACUACUACCUCAGGCACUUCAAGGAAAAUGAUAAGCUUGUUUCCUAGACCCUAAGUCCUAAUAUGACUUCUCCGUUCCCAGUUAACUUCAGAUUAAGCCAGUGGGUGGAAGAAGUAAAAAGCUUGUUGGGUACGUAGAGAGAAAGUUAAAUUUACCCAGAUUCACCCUUGCUCUUUCUCUUUGCCCAUUCCACUGAACCCUGGUAGCAUAUGUGGUAUGAUGACCUCAGCAGGCUUGCUCUUUUAAUCCAUAUCUUUGUCAAAAACAGAGAUCAUGCUUGUUUUUCUGGCUUAAAUGUUUUAAUUUCUCUGCAUGAAAACCACUGCUGGGCUUUGAAACUUAGAAGCAAGCAAAACCUUUUAUCAAAUGCAAAAUGUUCAGUGUGUGUGUCAGGCUCUGCUUACUACGAUAUUUGUUUGUGUUAAUUCUGUUCAGUGUUAGCACAAAACUAUUGGCCUCUUGAUAGGGAAAACUGCGGGCUUCCUAACUUCCUCAGUAAUGCUGUCUUUAUCUUGCUUGCUUGCUUACACAAAGUUCAGAUUUUGAGGGAGGUGAGCAUCUUUUUCUCUUGGAACUUUAAAGUUCAGACUGAGCUGUUCUGCUCAUGAAAUUAACUCAGAUAAAGCAUACAUGUUUCUUGUUCAGAAUUCUCCAGUGCAAAAGAGUGGUGUUACUUGCUAUAGCUGGCAAAAUACCUGCGAUAGGUUGAAUUUACAGUAGCACUAUCACGACUUGCAAUGGCAAAAUUUUCUCUGUCUGCAAAGUUUGGCAUAUUAUAUUAUUCAGAUGCUUAGAUCCAAUCUCACAUGGUGUGCUAAGAUGUAGUAUAUACAAUUGUCACAUCACAUAAUGCAACAUAUUGAAGACAGGCUUCUGCUUGCUUAGGAGAAUACUCUCACCUUUUGGUCUCUGUCAGCCCUCUGUGCCCUCCAGGGUUUCGGGAGAGAUGGCUGCACAGAGAGGAGGAAUGUACUCAGCUGAUGGGUGACAAAUACAAUUAGUUGUCACCACACAGCUGCUCCUAAGUUUGGAAUCACUAGAUUCAUCCCAGAGUUUAAAGAUCAGUGGAUUCCCUACCUCUUUUUCUUAUCUUCCCUGUUCUAGAACAGCACAAUGAUUGGGUGCUAUCUAAAAGUUUUUAUCAUUGGUAGAAAACAGCCCUUCCUCUAGAAAUAUGUUCUCUUCACUCUGUAGCAUUUUUCAAAGUGAGCCUACAAUAAAUAAAUAAAAACCUUGUUAGAAAAUUUCACUUGGUGUUGGAACGGACUGUAACAAAAGGGCAUCUAAGCCAAAGGGAAGUCACUACAUUUCCCUCACGGCAGGUUCACAUCCUAUACUAGGAGUUUUCGUCUUCCUCUUGUUCUAUCAGGCUUAGCCUAAGCCAACCUGGCAGCUAUUUUCAUCCUUCACUCUGCAUGUUGAGAUUGUUGGCUUGGCUUACCCUUGAUCACAAUGUUUAUUUCACUUAGUUUGGUUUACUUUUUAAAAUUCCCUCUCACAACCUGCCUUCCUCCUUUCUAAAAGAGAGGUACAGAAAGCUAAGGCAAAUAACCACCACCUGAUAGUAAAACACCGAAGUACAUAGAUAGUAUUCAAUUCUCCUGUCCAGUAGAAUUCUGUACAGGUCAAAAGCUUUCAAUACAGACAGCGGUAGAGGCUGUGCAGAUAAAGGAGAGAUUCUGUAACCAGUUUUAUGCUUGUACUCUUCUAGCAUUCAUUCUGUAGCAGUAAAAUUACAAAUUUUCUUUUAACACCUAAUGCCAUGCUAGUGUUACAGAAAGAACGGAAGACUUUUUGUUACUGUACUGUCUUGAUCCAUUUAAACUCGUGUUUCUGUUUUUCAAAAUUCAACUUCACACUUUAGUAACUUUUUGUAAAAAAAACAAAC